AAGAGGUUCGUUAGUUAUCGGUAGUAAUUAAAAGUGACUGUUUCAUGUAGACCGCCCUUAAUUUGGUACAUAAUGCGAAGGUUGAUAAUAGUUUUAGGUGUUUUCAUUGCACUAGCAAGUGGACGAUAUAUUAAAAAUGCUAACUCAGUUAAAUGUCCUGCCCAGGGGAAUUUUCCGCAUCCCACAUCUACGAAUCCGCGAAGAUACAUAGAAUGUAGACAAACGGAAAGUGGCACGUAUGUGGCAAAAGUGAAAAGUUGCACGGAAACAGAAGUGUUUGAUCCUAGUAGUCAAAAAUGUGAACCUCGAGCGAAUUUUGGUCGAAUUUUGUUAGCAGAAAGUGCUGAAGAUGACUCGUUUACAUGUGAAGCGACGGGACUAUAUGAGGAUGAUGAUUCACCCAAUUGCGAAGGAUAUUAUCAGUGCGUUGAACAGGAUGGUGUUCUGAAGGCGGUAUCGAGAACAUGUCCUAAUGGUGAAAUAUUCAUGCCGGAAUUGUCGACAUGUGUGACUCCACAAUUUUAUAAUUGUCCCCGAGGUGGCCUUGAUCCUGAUCCUGUAAUAACAACAACUACUACUGAGAAACCAACAACCACUACUAAGAAGCUGACAACCACUGAGUCUACCGUUCAUACGCCUCCUCAUACGGAUGAUUCGCAAGUGACAGAUCAUUCUUCAACGGAGGAUCCAAACGGGAGCACAGCUACAGAGGAACCCACGACAAAUUCCGGCUCAGAAACUUCUUCCGAUGAGUCUACUACAAAAGAAUCUAGUACGGAGGAAUCUACAACAAAGGAACCAAGCACGGAAGAAUCGACAACACAGGAAUCUACUACAGAAGAAUCUAAUACAGAAAAAUCUACUACAAAGGACCCCCCUACUGAAGAAUCUUCAACACAGGAAUCCAGCACAGAGGAAUCCACUACAAAGGAACCCAGUACAGAAGAGUCUACGACACAGGAAUCUACCACAGAGGAAUCUACUACAAAGGAACCCAGUACGGAAGAGUCUACGACAGAGGAACCCACCACAGAGGAACCAACUACAAAGGAGUCUAGUACUGAAGGAUCUUCAACACAAGAAUCUAGCACAGAGGAAUCCACUACAAAGGAACCCAGUACCGAGGAGUCAACGACUCAGGAAUCCAGCACAGAGGAGUCAACUACAAAGGAACCCAGUACUGAGGAAUCUACAACACAGGAGUCUAGUACGGAAGAAUCUACUACAAAAGAACCAAGUACAGAAGAAUCUACGACACAGGAGUCCACCACAGAGGAAUCUACCACAAAGGAACCUAGUACAGAGGAAUCUACAACACAGGAAUCCAGCACAGAGGAGUCUACUACAAAGGAGUCAAGUACAGAAGAAACUACAACGCAAGAAUCUAGUACUGAGGAAUCUACUACGAAAGAACCCAGUACGGAAGAACCCACAACAGAGGAAUCUACCACAGAGGAACCCGGUACUGAGGAAUCUACAACACAAGAAUCUAGCACGGAGGAGUCUACUACAGAAGAAUCAAGUACAGAAGAAACUACAACGCAAAAAUCUAGUACUGAGGAAUCUACUACGAAAGAACCCAGUACGGAAGAAUCUACAACAAAGGAAUCUACCACAGAGGAACCCAGUACUGAGGAAUCUACAACACAAGAAUCUAGCACAGAGGAAUCCACCACAAAGGAACCUAGUACAGAAGAAUCUACUACGCAGGAGUCCACCACAGAGGAAUCGACUACAAAGGAACCCACUACGGAAGAAUCGACAACUCAGGAGUCUACCACAGAGGAAUCUACCACAAAGGAAUCUAGUACGGAAGAAUCUACAACACAGGAAACUACAACGGAGGAAUCUACUACAAAGGAACCUACUACCGAGGAAUCAACCACACAAGAAUCCAGCACAGAGGAAUCCACCACAGAGGAACCCACUACAGAAGAAUCUACAACACUGGAGUCUACAACACAGGAGGCUACCACCGAGGAAUCUACCACAAAGGAGUCAAGCACUGAAGAAUCUACAACAAAAGAGUCUAGUACAGAGGAAUCUACUACAAAUGAACCUAGCACGGAGGAAUCUACCACAGACAGCACAACUACCACAGAAGAAACUACAGAAAACCCAGCUACCUCAAGCUCAACGGAAUCUAGUACAGAGAUUUCUACAGAGAAGCCUACUACUGAAGUACCCACGGAAUCGACCCCUGAAGUAACAACGGAGACAGAGACCACAGAAGAAACCACUACAACUACUAAAGAACCAGGAACAACCACACCAGAGCCUACGACCGAAACUACCGAAGAGCCAACAGAAAGUAGUUCAACAGAGAAAACCACUCCUGAAAUCUCCUCUUCCACGGAAGAAUCAACGAGUGAGUCUACAUCUGUUGAAACGUCUACUGGAACCACAGGUCCAACUGUAGGCCCGACAACAACCGAGCGUCCCAUUGAACCAUUCUAUUGCAAAACGGGCGGCAUUUUCUCGAAUCCAGAGAAUGACACAACAUUCUAUCUUUGCCUUCCAGAAAACGGUUAUUUUUAUUCUCAACUAAUGCCAUGCAGACCCGGUAUGAUUUUCGAUCCUGAAUUGAAAGUAUGUCUAAACCGCGACAUACUGUCCACCACUCAGUCACCAACAGAAACAACUUCACAAGCAACUAGCACUGAAACUUCUUCUACAAGCCCUGAAACUUCGUCGACAACUUCACAAGCAACUAGCACUGAACCUCCAUCAACUACCGAACCUACAACCGAGCAUCCUGGUCCGUUCACCUGCAAAAAGCCCGGGAUUUUCCCUAAUCCAGACAACGACACAACGUUUUAUAUUUGCUUUGCUGAAGAUAACGGAUUAUACUAUGGCCUUGUGUUCCCCUGUAAGAGUGGAUUUAAAUUUAGUACUUCUCUCAAUUUGUGCGUUGCGGAAGAGGGGGUAGGAUCAUCGACAACUGCCUCAACAUCAAGUUCGGAAGUAACAACUUCCAGUGGUACAGAAGAAACAACUCCUCAAGAGACACCAAGUACCACCGAGUUAAGUUCGACUGAAACAGAAAAGACCACAACAACCGAAUCAACCACUUCAAUACCUACAAAACCAUCUCAGUUUGUAUGUACUGGUCCGGGCUUUUUUGAAAAUCCUGAUUCCAAAGUAAGUUUUUACUUCUGUACGCCGAUUGAGGAAGGAUCAAAUAUAUAUUAUCCCAUUUUGAUGAAAUGCAAAUCGGGUUUGGUCUAUUAUCCUGAGUACAGAUUCUGCGCAAAACCAACUACUGAAGUCACCACAGAAUCAACUGCAGGUCCGGAGACCGAAUCAACUGAAGGGCCUACAGCACCGGCUAGUUCUGAGUCCACCGAGAAACCAGAAAUCACUGAAAGUCCAAGUAGCACAGAGUCUACAAACGCACCAGAAACAGAACCUACAGAGCAGACUACCAGCUCUGCCUCUACUGAAAAGCCCGAAACGCAACCUACUGAAGAGACAAGUAGUUCGGUGUCUACUGAGGAGCCUGUGACUGAAUCAACAGAGUCUACAGAAAAGCCUGAAACAGAGUCUACAGCAGGAUCCACUGAAAGCCCAGAAACUGAAUCAACAGGUAGUUCGUCCAGUUCCGAGACAACAGAGAAGCCCGAAACAGAACCUACGUCCGAGACCACUGAAGAACCUGGAACAGAAUCAACUGUUGGCUCAACCAGUUCUGAGUCUACUGAAAAGCCUGAAACGGAACCUACCUCAGAGUCCACUGAAAAACCUGAAACUGAAUCAACUGUUGGCUCAACUAGCUCCGAAUCAACAGAGAAGCCAGAAACGGGACCUACAUUAGAAUCCACUGAAAGUCCUGAAACUGAAUCAACCGGUAGUUCAAGCCCCGAGACAACUGAGAAACCCGAAACCGAACCCACUUCAGAAACCACUGAAAAACCCGAAACUGAAUCAACUGAGAAUCCUGAAACUGAACCCACAUCGGAAUCCACUGAAGGUCCUGAAACUGAAUCAACUGGCAGUUCCCCUAGCUCAGAGUCUACUGAAAAGCCCGAAACUGAACCCACCUCAGAAACCACUGAAGGCCCUGAAACUGAAUCAACCAGCGGUCCACCGAGUUCUGAGUCUACUGAAAAGCCCGAAACUGAACCCACCUCAGAGACUACUGAAGGCCCUGAAACUGAAUCAACUGGCAGUCCAUCAAGCUCUGAGUCUACUGAAAAGCCCGAAACUGAACCCACCUCAGAGACCACUGAAGGCCCUGAAACUGAAUCAACUGGCGGUCCAUCGAGCUCUGAGUCUACUGAAAAACCCGAAACUGAACCCACCUCAGAGACCACUGAAGGCCCUGAAACUGAAUCAACUGGCGGUUCAUCGAGCUCUGAGUCUACUGAAAAGCCCGAAACUGAACCCACCUCAGAGACCACUGAAGGCCCUGAAACUGAAUCAACUGGCGCUCCAUCGAGUUCUGAGUCUACUGAAAAACCCGAAACUGAACCCACAUCAGAGUCCACUGAAGGCCCUGAAACUGAAUCAACUGGCGGUCCAUCGAGUUCUGAGUCUACUGAAAAGCCCGAAACUGAACCCACCUCAGAGUCCACCGAGAACCCAGAAACUGAAUCAACUCCAUCCAGCUCUGAGUCUACUGAAAAGCCUGGAACGCAGCCUACCGAAUCUACGAACAAACCAGAAACUGAGCCCACUGAGCCAUCAAGUACUCCCGAGUCUACUGGAACACCUGAAACUGAAUCUACCGAGAAGCCAGAAACUGAACCUACAGAAAAGACCGAAUCUACCGAGGAAACGGCAACUGGACCUCCAGCCACAUCUGAAAAACCAGAAUCAACUGAAAGUGGGAGUUCAUCAGCAUCUACUGAAGAAAUAACUGGUACUAGCGAAAGUAGUGUGGAACCUGAAAACACAUCUUCUGAAAAACCAGGCACUACUGAAGGUACAACUGAGGAAAUUCUUGGAACGACAGAAAAAGUGGAUACCACUGAUGCAAGAGAAGCCUCGACACCGUUCAUUCAAGAAAAGCAACCAGUUGAAUCCUUCGCCCUCAAAGAAUUCAGUUGUUCAACAGGAGGAAGCUUUGCCCAUCCUAGAAAUCAAAGUCUUUUCUAUCUAUGCGUACCUGAUGGCUCUAAAGGAUUUGUACCUCUAAUAAUCGAGUGUGGAAGCAACCAAGUCUAUGACGCAGACAGACAGCUCUGCCAUCAUCAAGAAAUUCCCGAACCUGGAAAACCGACCUCUUCCCCGACAACAUCAAACGCUGACGUACCUACACCCUAUGUGUGCGAGUCGGCAGGCACAUUUGUUGACCCAGAAGAUUGCCAGAAGUACUACUAUUGUGUUAACGAUGGAUACGGAGGAUUCAUAGCCGUUCACUUGCAGUGUCCAUACGACCUCAACUAUUAUCCUGCCUUGAAGAUUUGUACGAAGAAAUCGGUUUACUCCUGCAAUAACGUUGCCCCGCAAACGCUAAGCUUGAACGCAAAGUUCCAAUGCGUUUCACCAGGACAAUUUUCCGAUCCUCAGAGCUGUCGCAGUUUCUACACUUGCGUCUACAACGGUUUAGGACAAAUGGUUACGCAGCAUAAUAGCUGCCCGCAAGGAUAUGUUUUCGCAACUAAGUAUGGAAUUUGCGUGGAUGAGGCAUUCCAUCCCUGUAAGAUUGAGACGGAGACACGAACUGAAACUGGGGGGUCGUUCAAGUGCACAACGAAAGGGACCUUCCCUGACCCGACGAACAGGAGGAGUUAUUACUUCUGCAUGCCCACGAGAACGGGAGGAUUCAGAACAGUACAUAAGUCAUGCCGUUCUGGCCUGAUUUACUCAAAGGAAAUGGAAAUCUGUGUCCACGAAUGGUUUAAUUAUAAAUUUGAUUUAAGCUUAUAUAUAAAAGGCGGAUCGAAAAGAUUUCAAGGCGCAGUCCUCGAAGAGUAUCAUAAAAAGACGGCGUGGUGUCGGCUUGUUCAAACUAUGCUUGUCGUUUUCGUUAUAACUUCACUCAUUGUGAACUGUGCAGCUUGGCAUGGGGAGCAUCUACGAUGCCAGGAUACAGGAAACUUCCCAGAUCUAGCAUCACCUGAUAACCGACGAUAUGUAGCUUGUGUAAAAGAACCCGACGGAUCAAUUCGGGCAACGGUGAAACAGUGCGGUUUAAACGAAAAGUUCGACCCAACGGAGAAAACGUGUGUAGACAAUGCUGUUAUCUUUCAAUGUACCAAAACUGGACUUUUCCCUGCUUCUGAUAUAACCGGUUGCAAACGUUACUUUAAGUGCCAAGAAAACAAUGCAGAGUUGUUUGCAGAAGAACAAAUAUGUCCUGAAAAUGAAGUUUUCCAACCGUUUUUACAUAUGUGUGUUCCGGAAAAUCAUUAUGAGUGCUCCUUUGCCAGACAAUUAGACCCCCAAACGGAAUGUAUAAAAGACAACUGGUUAGUAGACGAUCCCGAAUCUUACGAUUGUACCCGCUACUAUAAAUGCAUAAAAGAUCCAGAUACCGGAUCUUAUUCUCUCGUGCAUCUAACAUGUGAUCCCGGUUCGGUGUUCAUGCCUUUGGCUGGAUGUGUGGACCCUAAACAUUAUGUAUGCCGCAAGACGCCACCACCACCAACAACUACAACGGAGGGGACAACAACUACAGAAUCGACGACAGAAACUCAAGAAAUUACAACAACCACAGAGGAUACUACCACCUCUACUACAACUACAACAACUGAGCCUUCUACAACCACCAAGGAACCGGAUCCCACAACUACAGAAAGUACAACGGUUACACCUGAUACUACAACAACAGAUACUGCAGUCUCAUCCACCGACGAAACUAAGGCAACUGAGAGUUCAACUGAACCAAAUUUUACCGAAUCCACCACACCUGAAUAUGAGACCACAGUUGAUUCCAGCACAAACUCAGACACAACUGAAGAUGAUACAGCUUCUCCCAGUCUGGGCACCCAGCCUACAACUUCCGAAACAAGUGUGGAAUCAACGACAGAUAUUACUACUUCAGAUGGAGGGGAAAGUGGAACAACUAAACCAACAGAAGAGCUUACCAGUGAAACAACAGAAGGUUCUGUGACUGAAUCCAGCACAACUGAAAAUGUCGGAACCGAAUCCACUGAUGAUGGAGAAGACACAACAACCGAUAGUCAAACCUCAACUACAGAAAACACUGAAACAGAAUCCACUCUUGUAGAAACAACCGAUAUUGCGACAACAGAAUCUUCAGUCGAAACUACUGAAGAGUCAGAAUCGACCACCUCAGGAAUCGAAGAAACAUCACCUGAAAUCGAGUCUACAACCGAGAAAGAUUACUCAACUACAACUGAUGGAACUACAGUUGAUACAGCGAGCACAGAUGACGGUGAAAGUACUACGUCUGAGGGAAGCGGAAAUGGAUCUACAACUGAGGAAUCUACAACUGAGAAAUCGGAAUCCACUCCAGCUGGAACAGAAUCUCCAGAAACAUCCGAGUCAACUAUAACAGACCCAACAGAAUAUACUGAAUCAACGGAUACUUCAGAUACAGAACCAACCUCUACUGACAGCACAGGAACUACAACGGAGCCGAAUCAAUCCACAGAUACGACUGACUUUACUUCAACCGACGGAACAACUUCUGUUCCAGAAUCUAGUAUCACUCCUGAGGGAAGUACAAUCAACCCAACCACUGACGACAUUGCAUCUACCGAAAGUGAAUCUACGACUCCCGACUCAACAAUAGCUUGGGAGUCUACUACAACGGAAGGCUCCGAAACAACCUCAACUGAUUUAAGUUCUACCGUUGAAAGUAGUACUGAAGGACCAAUUACCGAAACAACCAACACCGAUGAGACCACCGAAGAAAUUUCUUCCACUACAGAAUCUACAACGACUGAAAUUAACUCAACUACAGAGUCUACGACGGAAGAAGUAACGUCAACUGUAGAGUCUUCAACGAGUGAGGCUCCAUCAACCACAGAACCUACAACGGAAGAAGUGGCAUCAACUACAGAGUCUUCAACGAGUGAGGCUCCAUCAACCACAGAACCUACAACGGAAGAAGUUAUUUCAACUACAGAAUCUGCAACAAGUGAGGGUUCUUCAACCACUGAACCUACAACGGAGGUGGUUACUUCGACUACAGAGCCUACAACGAGUGAGGCACCUUCAACAACGGAAACCACAACGGAGGAAGUCACCUCAACUACAGAGCCAACAACGAACGAGGCACCUUCGACCACGGAACCCACAACGGAGGAAGUCACUUCGACUACAGAGGCUACAACGAGUGAGGCUCCUUCAACCACGGAACCCACAACAGAGGAAGUCACUUCAACUACAGAACCAACAACGAGUGAGGCUCCUUCAACCACGGAACCCACAACGGAGGAAGUCACUUCGACUACAGAGCCAACAACGAGUGAGGCUCCUUCAACCACGGAACCCACAACAGAGGAAGUCACCUCAACUACAGAACCAACAACGAGUGAGGCACCUUCAACAGCGGAACCCACAACAGAGGAAGUCACUUCAACUACAGAACCAACAACGAGUGAGGCUCCUUCAACCACUGAACCCACAACAGAGGAAGUUACUUCGACUACAGAGGCUACAACGAGUGAGGCACCUUCGACCACGGAACCCACAACAGAGGAAGCCAUUUCAACUACAGAACCAACAACGAGUGAGGCUCCUUCAACCACGGAACCCACAACGGAGGAAGUCACUUCGACUACAGAGCCAACAACGAGUAAGGCUCCUUCAACCACGGAACCCACAACAGAGGAAGUCACCUCAACUACAGAACCAACAACGAGUGAGGCUCCUUCAACCACGGAACCCACAACAGAGGAAGUCACCUCAACUACAGAACCAACAACGAGUGAGGCUCCUUCAACCACGGAACCCACAACAGAGGAAGUCACUUCAACUACAGAACCAACAACGAGUGAGGCUCCUUCAACCACGGAACCCACAACAGAGGAAGUGACUUCAACUACAGAACCAACAACGAGUGAGGCUUCAUCAACCACGGAGCCUACAACGGAGGAAGUCACUUCAACUGCAGAGCCAACAACAAGUGAGGCUCCUUCAACCACGGAACCUACGACAGAAGAAGUCACUUCAACUACAGAGCCUACAACGAGUGAGGCACCUUCAACGACGGAGCCCACAACAGAGGAAGUCACUUCUACUACAGAGUCAACAACGAGUGAGGCUUCAUCAACCACGGAGCCUACAACGGAGGAAGUCACUUCAACUGCAGAGCCAACAACAAGUGAGGCUCCUUCAACCACGGAACCUACGACAGAAGAAGUCACUUCAACUACAGAGCCUACAACGAGUGAGGCACCUUCAACGACGGAGCCCACAACAGAGGAAGUCACUUCAACUACAGAACCAACAACGAGUGAGGCUCCUUUAACCACGGAACCCACAACAGAGGAAGUCACUUCAACUACAGAGCCAGCAACGAGUGAGGCUCCUUCAACCACGGAACCCACAACGGAGGAAGUCACUUCUACUACAGAGUCAACAACGAGUGAGGCUUCAUCAACCACGGAGCCUACAACGGAGGAAGUCACUUCAACUACAGAGCCAACAACGAGUGAGGCACCUUCGACCACGGAACCCACAACAGAGGAAGUCACUUCAACUAUAGAACCAACAACGAGUGAGGCUCCUUCAACCACAGAACCCACAACAGAGGAAGUCACUUCUACUACAGAGUCAACAACGAGUGAGGCUUCAUCAACCACGGAGCCUACAACGGAGGAAGUCACUUCAACUACAGAGCCUACAACGAGUGAGGCACCUUCAACGACGGAACCCACAACAGAGGAAGUCACUUCAACUACAGAACCAACAACGAGUGAGGCUCCUUUAACCACGGAACCCACAACGGAGGAAGUCACUUCAACUACAGAACCAACAACGAGUGAGAUUCCUUCAACCACGGAACCCACAACGGAGGAAGUCACUUCGACUACAGAGCCUACAACGAGUGUAGCUCCUUCAACCACAGAAUCUACAACGGAAGAAGUCUCUACGACUACAGAAUCUACAACGGAAGAAGUCUCUACGACUACAGAAUCUACAACGAGUGUAGCUCCAACAACCACGGAACCCACAACGGAGGAAGUCACUUCAACUACAGAGCCAACAACUACUACAACGGAUGGUGGUAACGUAUCUCCACCUGUCUUCACUUGUACAACGGUAGGAAAUUUCCUAGAUCCGUUGGAUGCAACCAAGUUCUACUCAUGUCAGUGGACCGGAAAUAGUUACACAGCAAUCCAUAUGACAUGCCGUGAGGGAUACAUGUUUGAUCCCCAUGUCAAGGUUUGUUUAAAGUCCGAGACUAUAACGACCCCUACUUCGACAAUUGUGACAACACAAAGCACCACAACGAGUACAACGACGAAAACUACAACCACAACACCAACCGCACCUCCGGUUAUCACCCCAUCACCGAUGAAUUGCACUACCUAUCAAAGAUUCCCUGACCCAGUGGAUAAAACGAAGUACUAUCAAUGCGUGUCCGAUGGGGAUGGAAAAUUUUUCUUAAGGAGGGAGUCUUGUCUUCCUGGGCUAAUUUUCUCGGCAGAGUAUAUGUUAUGUAUAGCACCCUCUUGGGAUGGAGAACAUCUACGAUGCCAGGAUAUAGGAAACUUCCCAGAUCCAUCAUCAUCUGAUAACGGAAGCUAUAUCGCUUGUGAAAAGGAAGUCGACGGAUCAAUUCGGGCAACGGUGAAACAGUGCAGUUUGAAUGAAAAGUUCGAUCCAACGGAGAAGACUUGUAUAGACAAUGGUGUUAUCUUUCAAUGUACCAAAACUGGACUUUUCCCUGCUUCUGAUAUAACCGGUUGCAAAGGUUACUUUAAGUGCCAAGAAAACAAUGGAGAGUUGUUUGCAGAAAAACUGAUAUGUCCUGAAAAUGAAGUUUUCCAACCGUUUUUACAUAUGUGUGUUCCGGAAAAUCAUUAUAAGUGUUCCUCUGUCAGACAAUUAGACCCCCAAAAGGAAUGUACAAAAGACAACUGGUUAGUAGACGAUCCCGAAUCUUACGAUUGUUCCAGUUAUUAUAAAUGCAUACAAGAUCCAGAUACUGGAUCUUAUUCUCUCGUGCAUCUAACAUGUGAUGACGCUUGGGAUGGAGAACAUCUACGAUGCCAGGAUAUAGGAAACUUUCCAGAUACAUCAUCAUCUGAUAACGGACGAUACGUAGCUUGUGUAAAAGAUGCCGACGGAUUAAUUCGGGCAACGAUGAAACAGUGUGGUUUGAAUGAAAAGUUCGACCCAACGGAGAAGACGUGUGUAGACAAUGGUGUCAUCUUUCAAUGUACCAAAAGUGGACUUUUCCCUGCUUCUGAUAUAACCGGUUGCAAAGGUUACUUUAAGUGCCAAGAAAACAAUGGAGAGUUGUUUGCAGAAGAACAAAUAUGUCCCGAAAAUGAAGUUUUCCAACCGUUUUUACAUAUGUGUGUUCCGGAAAAUCAUUAUGAGUGCUCCUUUGUCAGACAAUUAGACCCCCAAAAGGAAUGUACAAAAGACAACUGGUUAGUAGACGAUCCUGAAUCUUACGAUUGUACCCGCUACUGUAAAUGCAUAAAAGAUCCAGAUACUGGAUCUUAUUCUCUCUGUCCCCUUUUCCUAGACGAAUUUCCAACGAGAUUAAUAGAUUUUAUCGGAAAAGUUAGUUUAGUAAAAGUGCAUGAAAACACGAUGUAUCUGACACUAUUACUCGCGGGUGUUCUAUUAUUUUCGAAUAGUGCAGCACGCUCCUUCGAAGAAGCCCAGUGCAUAACGGAAGGGGAUUUCCCCGAUAUUACAUCAUAUCAUGGCCGUGGUUACAUAAGGUGUUACAUAGAUGAUCAUGACCAUAUGAGGAAAAAGCAUCUCAUGUGUGCAAGUGGUGAAGUCUUUGAGCGGACAGUCAAAAGGUGCGUGAAAGAGUUUCAGUGCCCAACAAAUGGUUCCUUUGUAGACAGCUAUGCCUACGACUGUAAAACUUAUUACCGAUGUAAAGAAAAAAGUGGAAAAUUGAGUGCCGAACGUUUACAUUGUCCACCAAACGAGGUGUUCACGCCUUUCCAGCAAAAAUGUGUUUCGGAUGAGACUUAUCAGUGUCCAACGAUAUCCGCUAAGACUUUGAGUUUAUUGAAGGCUGCGCCUAUUUGCGAAAAGCAAGGAAGUGUAGAAGAUCCUGAUUCACCGGAUUGCAGAACAUAUUAUGAAUGUGUCUCUAAUGGUGAUGGAACAUAUUCACCUGUCAAGAAGACAUGCCCUGGGAAUGAAGUUUUCCUCCCUGGUUACAUGUGUGUUGGCCCUGACCACUAUAAAUGCCAAAGAGAUUCAACGGUAGCGCCACCGACAACAACAGAACCACCAACAACUGAACCUUCCACAACUACGGAAACAUCAACAACUACUGAACCAUCAACAACAGAACCCUCAACCACCACUGAACCAUCAACAACUGAAGAACCUUCAACAACUACAGAACCCUCAACCACAACUGAACCAUCAACAACUGAAGAACCUUCAACAACUACAGAACCUUCAACAACUACAGAACCUUCAACGACUACAGAAGCGUCAACAACGACGGAAAUAUCGACGACUACAGAGCCUUCACCAACUACAGAACCAUCAACAACAGAACCAUCAACAACAGAACCAUCGACUACCUCAGAACCCUCAACAACUGCAGAACCUCCAACAACCACAGAACCAUCAACAACCGAACCACCAACUACUUCAGAACCGUCAACAACUACCGAACCAUCAAUACCUACAGAACCUUCAACAACCACAGAACCAUCAACAACAGAACCAUCAACUACCGAACCAUCAACAACUACAGAACCUUCAACAACCACAGAACCAUCAACCACAGAACCAUCAACCACAGAACCAUCAACUACUUCAGAACCAUCAACCACCUCAGAACCCUCAACCACCACUGAACCAUCAACAACUGAAGAACCUUCAACAACAACAGAAGUUUCAACAACUACAGAAUCUUCAACAACUACAGAACCUUCAACAACUACAGAACCUUCAACGACUACAGAACCGUCAACAACGACGGAAAUAUCGACAACUACAGAGCCUUCAACAACUACAGAACCAUCAACAACAGAACCAUCAACUACUUCAGAACCAUCGACUACCUCAGAACCGUCAACAACUACCCAACCAUCAACCACUUCAGAACCAUCAACAACAGCAGAACCUUCCACAACAGAGCCAUCAACAAUAGAACCACCAACUACUUCAGAACCUCCAACAACUACUGAACCGCCAACAACAGAACCACCAACAACCUCAGAAUCAUCAACAACUGCAGAACCUUCAACAACCACAGAACCAUCAACAACAGAACCAUCAACAACUGAACCGUCAACCACCUCAGAACCAUCAACCACUUCAGAACCAUCAACAACAGAACCACCAACUACUUCAGAACCUCCAACAACUACUGAACCGCCAACAACAGAACCACCAGCAACCUCAGAACCAUCAACAACUACAGAACCUUCAACAACCACAGAACCACCAACUACUUCAGAACCAUCGACCACCUCAGAACCCCCAACAACUACAGAACACAGUUCAACUACUACAGAAAUUUCAACUACAUCGGAGGAUCCAUCAACUGAAAUUUCACCUACUACGGAAGAUUCCACAACCCUGGAGUCAUCAACUUCUUCAGAUCCAUCAACUAGUAUAGAACUGCCAACAACAACAGAGCCAACAACCUCCGAUGCAUCGACAACCACAGAAGAGCAAAGUACAUCUGAAGAACCUUCAUCGACUUCUCCAACAAUACCCGAUUCGUCUACUACAGAUACUUCGCUUCCAUCAACAACUACAUCCGAAAUAUCAUCGACAACAGAUUCUUCGACAACACCAGAUUCAACUUACUCCACUACAGAUACCUCAGUAACCGAUGAUUCUACCACUGACUUGCCAAUUUCAAGUACCAGCACUCCAGAAGAUAAAACAACUGAUUCAGGAACAUCUACAACUGACGAUGGUGAGUCAACCACCGUCACUGACGAUAUUUCUACUCCUGAUGUUUCAACAACAGAGCCAACAACAACUGACUCAACUACUGAAGAGAGUACUGAACCGGGUUCCACUACGUUAAGUUCGACAACCGAGGAAGUUGGUACAACUACAUCUGAAGAAACUAGUUCAGAUUCGACAACCGUCACAAUUGAAACAACCCCUGAAACUCCUGAAACCGAGUCAACUACAACUGAAAUCUUUUCAACGGAUUCAACAACAACAGAGGAAAGUGAACCAACAACAAUUGAUAGCUCCACUUCCCCUACUAGUACCGAUGAAACCAGUACUUCAGAAUCUACUAGUGAAAGUUCAGCUUCUACCACCACUGAAAUUUCUACUGAUGAACCCUUGUCAACUAGCCCAACCGAUGAACCGUCAACAACAGCGCAGACUACGACGACUGAUGGCGAAGUAACGACCGAUAUCCCCACCGAAACGACGGAAAAUACUGAGACAGAAUCAACUUCCUCCACCCCGAUAGAAACAACAACAUCUGAUGCAGGAUCUGAAAGUACCUCAGAUGCAACCACAUCGGGCGAAAUUUCAUCAACCACUAGUCCUGACACUUCCACUGCCCAGUCUACAACGGAUGCUACUUCAACAACUUCAGAUGGAGGCGAAACAGAUUCCACUACCACUGACGAAACCGGUCCUUCCUCCUCAUCUACAGAAGCUAGUUCACCGUCUACUUCCGAUGGAAGUACCACUUCUGUAACAGAUACAACCACUAGUGAAACUGAUCCAACAACAGUCGACACAUCGUCAACAGAAACAGAAACUACAUCUGGAACUGAUGUAACCACGACCACAGAACUCAGCACAACUACUGAUGAUGGACAAGGUUCAACGACAACUGAAAUCAGCAGCACCAUCCCCACCGAAACGGAACCUUCGUCUACCACAGAAAUCACCAGUUCCACCGAAAGUGAAACCACAACAACGGUGACUCCUAGUACAUCGGUAGAACCCAGCACCGAUAGUAGCAGUACUACCAGUGAAACUUCACCAGGAACUAGUACCGAAGAAGGGUCAGGAAGCAGUGAAACAAGCGAACCAACUACAGUCUCAAGCACUCCAGGUGAAUUUGUCUGCAGAUCACCUGGAAGCUUCGAAGAUCCACUGGAUGAAACCAAGUUUUACCUGUGUCUAUGGACGGGAUCUGAAUAUAUAACGGAGCAUAAAUCGUGUCGCGAAGGCUUAGUAUUCAACCCAGAAUAUAAAGUAUGUGUGCGUCCUGAGAACACGAGUACAUCUACCAGCGUUCCUCUAACCACAUCUACAUCCCCAGUGGUUACCUCACCCUCCCCUGAAUCCUGCACGAACUACGAACGCUUCCCUGAUCCUGAAGAUGAAACGAAAUUCUACCAAUGCCUAAUUGACGACGACGGAAAAUAUAUCCUGGAGAAAAAAUCGUGCAAAGAAGGAUUAGUUUUUGAUCCUGAGUACAAGUUCUGUCUUAAGCCGACCUCUGCCAAAGUUCCCCCACCUGCUCCCAGAUCCUGCAAUAACUAUGAACGCUUGUAUUAUCCUGGGGAUGAAACAAAAUACUAUCAAUGCGUAACUGACGAAGAUGGAAGACGUUUCAUGAUGGAAAAAUCAUGCAAACCAGGAUUGGUUUACAAAAGCUACUUACAGGUCUGCAUUAAACCGGAGUCAUCUGGAGACAGGGACUUUGUUUGUGAGGAAAAUGGAUACUUCCCUGACAAGGACGAUGAACGGAUGUUCUACCGCUGCGAACGGACAUCAUCAGGCUUUGUGAUGCAUCACUUAUAUUGCAGAGAGGACCUUUACUACUCACCGGAAUAUAAGAUUUGCUCCUAUAGAAGUGAUUAAUAGGAUUUAGGGAAUAGAUUCAGUACGACUAGAUAUUUAUUUUAGUAAAAUUAGUUUGAACUUAGGUUACUUUAUCUGUUCUCUGCAGUAAUCAAACUUACAAAAGAUAGGAAGUAUGUUUUAUAUUGUAUAUAAGAAACGUGAGUUAUGUGCGUACAUAUAUCCGCUAAAUUUUUACAAAAAAAGGACAUUU